ACAAAAUAUUAGUUCAGAAUCUUCAGACAGAGAGGCAACACCUGCACAACCCGUAUGAGAAGACAGAAGAGAGUCAGGGCAUCGACAGCGAUGCAUGCCAGGCCCAGCAACCACACAUCCGUGUCCAUGUGUAGAGCUGAGCGGCCUGGACAAUGCGAGCAAACACGAUAAGCUCCGGCCAGUGGUUGGCUCGCUUCUCUCUCCUCGCCUCAGCUUCGAUCAGUUCCAUGCGCAGCUGAAGCUGUAGCAAUCAAAGAGGCAGGGGAUGGAAUGAGGCUCGCCGCAGCCAAGCCUGCUGCCAUCUUCCCCAAACGCCAGCCGGUCCCCACACGUGCAAGAGUAGCUGCGGCGGCGGCAGCAGCUGGUCCAUGCAGCGAGCCAGCCAAGAAGAGCCGUGGCGACCGGGCAUCAUGGAGGAUCGCAAUGGCAAGCAGCGACGCGGAGGCUGACGGCGGCGGCGGCGGCGGUGGCGAGGACGAUGCCGGGGCGGGCCAGGUCGCGCCGAGAAGGGCGCGAGGACGGCGGGCGCGGCUGUCGGCGAGGCGGCGGGAGCGCGUGCGGCUCCCGGACGGCGUCUCCGGCGGCGACGUCGGCGAGUUCCUGCGGCACCCCGACGGCGUGGAGUCCCUCCUCAACACCGGCGCGCUCGAGAGCUUCGCGCCGGCGGGGUCCGGCCCCGGCACCUUCACGUGCGCGCUCCGCCGCAUCGGUUUCCUGGGCUUCGAGAUCGCGCCGGUGCUCGACCUCCGCGUCGCCCCGACGAGCACCGACUGCACCAUCGAGAUGCUGUCGUGCAGGUUUGAGGGUUCAGAAUCGAUUGAGCUGCAGAAUGACCUCUUUUCAGCAUUUAUGAGUAACCGUAUAACUUGGAGCGAUAACGACAAGGAGCCCUGCUUAGACAUCGAUGUAAAUUUGGAGGUCACUCUGGAGGUCUACACUAAGCCGUUCAGCAUGCUUCCAUUGUCAGCAGUGGAGAAACCAGGCAACCUGUUGAUGCAAGGCCUGUUGGACAGGCUUGUUCCCAUGCUGGGGGAGCAGCUGCUGAGAGACUACCAUUCCUGGGUUCAGCAGCAGCCUGAAGCUUCUUCAUGAUCAUGAAGUAGAGGGAGACGACUCACGAUCUUCCGAUGCCUUGAGCAUUUCAUGCUCGGACGGCGUUAACAGAAUUAGAGCUCUGGGAAUCCCUAUUAGGAUGGUUGACGGGGGAAUUGGGUUGCUGAAUUAUACAGUACAAAAGGGUUGCUGAUUUAUACAGUACAAAAUUGUUGAAAGAUUUGGCAAAUUCGAAUAUAUGAGAGUUAAUUUCUAAAUCAAGAUCCUCCGAUUUCGUGCA